AGGAGAAAACGCGGAGGCGCUGCGCGGUCCCGUCCUCCCCCCGCAGCCUCGCCGGCCUCGCUCGCUCCGGCGGCUGCUCCUUCAGGCCUCGUUCGGUCUCCCGGGGUCGCUCAGCCCCGAGGAGAACCGAAUCCUCGCCCCCGGGAUGCGAGGGAAGGGAGAGGAACCGGCCAACUGCGGCCGCGAAUGCACCGAGGGCUGCGCGGCGGCCGCAGAUUCCAGAGACUUAUUAAAGGAAUUUCCACAGCCUAAAAACUUGCUCAACAGUGUAAUUGGAAGAGCUCUGGGCAUUUCCCAUGCGAGAGACAAGCUGGUCUACAUCCAUACCAAUGGACCACGGAAAAAGAAAGUCACUCUACAUAUAAAAUGGCCUAAAAAUGUGGAAGUGGAAGGCUAUGGGACCAAGAAGAUCGAUGCUGAGAGGCAGGCGGCGGCUGCAGCGUGUCAGCUCUUCAAGGGCUGGGGAUUGCUGGGGCCCAGGAAUGAGCUCUUUGAUGCUGCCAAGUACCGGCUUCUCGCUGACCAGCUCGGCUGUCCCGACGAGCGGUGGUGCUCGGAGGGCAAGUGGCGCUCCAAGUCCGGACCUUCUCUCGCCGACUUGUCAACCUGCUGGCGACGGAUGGAGCCAGACGAUUCCAUCCAGCCCAUGGAACAGGGCAGGAUGCCUAAAGCGAUGAGGAGAGAAGAGCUGGAGGAAGGGGAGCUUGAGGAAGGAGAACUGGAGGAAGGAGAGCUGGAAGAAGAAGCGAUUGAUGUUUCUGAUUAUCUACCUAUGGCACACCAGGAUGCUCGAACCCCGGGCAGAGACGCAAGCCGAGGAGGGAGUUCCAUUGAAAUGACCGAUGACAACACUGCCAUCCGUGCCCUGACACAGUUCCCGCUUCCCAAAAAUCUUCUGGCCCAAGUGAUCCAGAUUGCAACCUCUUCCUCCACAGUCAAGGAGUACAUGCAGUUCCGUACCGUGGGCACCAAGACCAAGAUCUGCAAGCUGACGCUCCGCUGGCCCUGUCCGAUGACUUUUGCUGCCAAAGGCCGUCGCAAAGUGGAGGCAGAAAACAAAGCAGCAGCGCUGGCCUGUCAGAAGCUAAAGAGCCUUGGCUUGGUGGACAAGAACAACAACCCCCUCAGCCAUGCGAUGUACAACAUGACUUCACUCCGGGAACUUGGCGAGAACCAGAGGAAGCCCUGUCACAUCAAAGUCCCCGAAGCAACCCUGCGCAAGAUUGAGAACUAUCUGAAUCACUACCCAGUGGACAUCAGGGAAUCCAGGCCCCGGAUUGCUGAUGAUAUGAUGAACCUGAGCAAGGAAUCUGGUGCGAUAAGUGAUGCAAUCACCGGAAAGACAUAUAUACCCAUGUUGGAAGCCGAGGAAGUGCGCCUUAGCCAGAAUCUCCUGGCCCUCUGGAAAAGGAGAGGAUCCUCGUGGCAGGAGAGUCACCCACUGCCGGUAGAUCCUCACAAGGACACCAUCCUAUCAGCCAUCGAGCAGAACCCUGUGGUGGUAAUAGCAGGAGACACAGGCUGUGGGAAAACCACCAGGAUCCCUCAGCUCCUGCUGGAACACUACAUCCUGGAGGGACGCGGCGCUCGCUGCAACGUGGUUAUCACCCAGCCGAGGAGGAUCAGUGCCAUCUCGGUCGCCCAACGUGUGGCUCAAGAGUUGGGUCCCAACAUGAGGAAGAAUGUGGGCUACCAGGUACGGCUGGAGAGCAAGCCACCUGCUCGAGGGGGAGCCCUGCUCUUCUGCACCGUGGGCAUCCUGCUGCGGAAGCUACAGGGGAACCCCAGCCUGGAAGGCGUCAGCCACGUCGUGGUCGAUGAGGUCCACGAGCGAGACGUCAACACCGAUUUCCUACUCAUCUUGCUGAAAGGCAUCCAGAAGCUGAACCCUGACCUGCGCCUGGUUUUAAUGAGCGCCACGGGAGACAAUCAGCGCUUUUCGCACUACUUUGGGGAUUGCCCUGUGGUCAAGGUGCCAGGGUUCAUGUAUCCCGUGAAAGAAUACUACCUGGAGGAGAUUUUGGCCAAGCUGGGCCGGCAUCGACACCGGCACUACGAGAUCAAGCAAUCCGAUGAUGAAUGUGUCCUCGAUCUUGAUCUCAUCACCGACCUUGUCCUCCAGAUUGAUGCCCAUGGAGAACCAGGUGGGAUCCUCUGCUUCCUCCCUGGUUGGCAGGAAAUCAAAGGAGUGCAGCAGCGCCUGCUAGAGAUGCUGGGAUCUCAGAACAGCCGGUACCUCGUCCUUCCAGUGCACUCCAACAUCCCCAUGAUGGACCAGCAGAACAUCUUCCAGCGACCUCCACCCGGCGUCAGGAAGAUCGUCUUGGCCACCAACAUCGCCGAGACCUCCAUCACCAUCAAUGACAUCGUCCAUGUGGUGGACAGUGGUACGCACAAGGAGGAACGCUAUGAUCUAAAGACCAAGGUGUCCUGCCUGGAAACAGUGUGGGUGUCCAAAUCCAACGUGGUGCAGAGGCGAGGGCGUGCUGGCCGCUGUCAGUCGGGAUUUGCCUAUCACCUCUUCCCUCGCAGCCGUCUGGACAAGAUGCCAACUUAUCAGGUUCCAGAAAUCCUACGCACGCCCCUGGAGAACCUGGUGGUUCAGGCCAAGAUCCACAUGCCGGAGAAAACGGCAGUUGAAUUUCUCUCCAAGGCCCUGGACAGCCCUGACAUCAAGGCUGUGGAUGAAGCGGUGAUCUUGCUGCAGGAGAUCGGAGUGUUGGACCAGCGAGAAGCCCUCACUACUUUGGGCAAACGCCUUGCCCAGAUCUCCACAGACCCUCGGCUGGCCAAGGCCAUCGUCUUGGCCUCCAUCUACCGUUGCCUCCACCCUCUGCUCGUCAUCGUUUCCUGUCUCACCCGAGACCCCUUCAGCAGCAGCCUGCAAAACCGCGCAGAGGUGGACAAGGCCAAGGCCGUUCUGAGCCGGGAGAGCGGGAGCGAUCACCUCGCCUUUGUCAGAGCCGUGGCCGGCUGGGAAGAGGUGCUGAGACGCAGAGACAGUCGCGCCAGGGAUAACUACCUGCAGGACUAUUACCUGUACGGCCCCAGCCUUCGCUUCAUCAACGGCCUUGUCAAGCAGUUCUCGGAGAACCUCUACGAAGCCUUCCUGGUGUCGUCCCCCUCGGACUGUACCAUGCCUUCCUCCGUGUGCAACCAGUACAGCGAAGAGGAGGAGCUCGUCAAGGGAGUCCUCAUGGCUGGGCUCUACCCCAACCUCAUCCAGGUGAGACAAGGCAAGGUGACUCGUCAGGGGAAGUUCAAACCCAACAGCUACGCCUAUCGGACAAAGGCUGGCACCGUUCUGCUCCACAAGUCAACAAUCAACAGGGAGGCGUCCAAGCUGUACAGCCGCUGGCUAACGUACUUCAUGGCCGUGAAGUCCAACGGAGGGGUCUUUGUACGGGACUCCUCCCAGGUCCACCCCCUGGCCGUGCUGCUCAUGACUGACACGGAUAUCCACGUCCGAGAUGAUGGCUGGCGAGCAACCGUCUCCCUGACAGACAGCGAUCUCCUGGUGCUGGAAGGAGACUCCUACACCAUCCGCCUCCUGCGGGAUUUCCGUGUCUCGCUCUCCAAGAUGGUGGAGACGUGCCUGUGCUACGAGAUGGCUGCGAUCCCCGGGGACCUGCACCACCAGCACAGCCAGCUGCUCGACAUCCUGGUGGAUCUCCUCAAGGGCCCUCCCGGCAGUUUCGGCGCUUAGCGGAGCCCGAGGAUUGUGUGGGGACUUGUAAUUUGUAUAAAGCUGUUCACAAAUGUUUAUUUAAAUAAAGUUCUAUUUAUCCCUUGUGAAGUCAUCUCUCUCCAUCCUAGAAGAUUAAUGUUGUCUGAAUCUCCUGCUGUCGGCUCCGUGCAUGGUCACCGUCUGGAAAGACCCAGCGCAGCGCCGCCGGGAAUGGACUGGAAGUGCCGAUGGACCCCGACGCCAGCCUCGUGGACACCCACCCGCCUCCUCCGCUCGUCGCAGUGCCGGUCCCGCAACUCGGGAAGUGAGGAUGGAGCUGCUGCGCCGUCCCUGCCCCAUCCCCACAGGGCCGAGCUGGAGCUGCUCCGGCGCAGGAGCUACUCCGGGCUCAUGAGGACGACAGAUGCUCCGCUUGCGGCUCUGCCUACUUCGACAGCCGGGCUGAGCGUGGAUCCGGCAGCUCUGGUGCAGGUGGUGAUCCUCAUCAUCGGCAACGUUGAUCCAGCAGCUCCGGUGCAGGGUGGUGGCGUUCCUCAGCGUUGGCCGCGUGGAUCCUGCAGCUCCAGGGGAUGGUGGUGGUCCUUAUCGGCAGCAGCGUGGAUCCUCCAGCGCCGGUGCAGGGUGGUGGUGUUCCUCAGCAGCGUUGAUCCAGCAGCUCUGGUGGAUGGUUGUGUUUCUCAUCAGCACUGUGGAUCCAGCAACUCCAGUGCAGGAUGGUGAUCCUCGUCAUCGGCAACAUGGAUCCAGCAGCUCCGGUGCAGGAUGAUGGCGUUCCUCAGCGUUGGCAGCGUUGAUCCAGCAGCUGUGGUGGAUGAUGGUGGUCCUCAUCGACAGCGUUGAUCCAGCAACUCCGGUGCAGGAUGGUGAUCUUUGUCAUCGGCAUCCUGGAUCCAGCAGUCAGCGGCAGCGUGGAUCCAGCAGCUCCGGUGAAGGAUGGUGGUCCUCAUCCUCAGUAUCCUGGAUCCAACAGCUCCGGCGCAGGAUGGCAAUCCUCAUCGUUGGCAUCCUGGAUCCAGCAGCUCCGGUGCAGGAUGGUGGUGUUCCUCAUCGGCAGCAGUGUUGAUCCGUUGGCUCGUGGCAUUCCUCAGCAGCAGCAGCGUGGAUCCAGCAGCUCCGCUGCAGUGUGGUGAUGCAACGAUCCAUCCUUAUCCUCAGCUUUGCUCUCCUGGCGCCGGCGCGAGGCGGCACCCACCGGAUGCGACAUUCCCUGGGGGAUCUCCGAGCCUUGCGGCGAGGCCCUGCCACCUGGCGGGGCAUUACCAGUGCGAGAUAAUGGGACUUGUCCUUCCUGAUCCGCCUGUUCCUUUUGUCCUCUUGUGUUGUUAUGAUUUCUUUUUUAUCCUUUCUUGCUCUCCCUGCUCCGAGGAGGCCGGAUCCCUGCUCCGAGGAGGCCGGAUCCCUGCACCUCGGGCACCCAGGACCUGCGUCUAGAUGCCAGUUUGCCUGUCGGCGCGUUCUCCUGCGGGAAGCCAGGAGCGCAGGCACAAAACCCUUUUGUUUUUUAUGACCAGGGACCAUAUUUGCGUGGAAGGAGGAGUGGACAGGCAUAGCACUGCGGGAGAAAGGGGAGUUUCAUCCCAGCUUUGCCUUGGAUUCUCUGUCAAGGAAGACAGUGACCUACCUCACAGGGCUGUUGUGAGGCUUCGGGAACGGUGGUGCCCCUGCGAGCGGAACGAGGCGGGAGGACGCGUUCCCCGCGGCCGUCUCCCUUGGUUUCUGUUCCCCAUUUCUUAAGCUCUUUGUAUUCCGCGAUGGAGGUGAGCGUUGGCUGUUUCCAGCACGGAAACGGGGCGGCUCUUUUGGCCAUGGGCGCCACCCUUUGGUUCUCCCACUCUUCGAUUUAAUUUACUCAUCAAUGGGCUUUAAGGAAGGGAGCUGUGGGCUCUGUUCCGGAGUGAACGAUGGCGAGAAGCACAAGGGGGAAGAGCUGAGGGGCCGAAGCCGGAGCCGCUCGGUGCCCGCGGCCACCCCAGCCUCGCUCGCCAUCGCUCGCCCAAGGUUGUCGCUCUGAGCUGAGCGUGCGUUGCUGUCGGCUGUGUCGGGGCAGGAGGAGGGGGGGGGGGCCCUUCCGCAGGGGUUAAAAAAAAAACCAGAAAAAGAACAAAAAAACCAAAAAAACAAAAAAAAAAAGACUAAGCUAUUGUCUCCAUGGUUCGGAACUCGUGUGAUAUUGGGAUACUUCCGUGGCUGUUAUGUGAUACUGGAUCUUUUUACAACAUAGAUUAAAG